AUGGUAGUCCGUAGAUCCAGCAGGCACGUCACACAGGCAACGCAAACUUCCAAAGCUCGGUCGACUGUCAAGCAACGAAAACAGAAAUCCGAGAAAGCGAGCGGCGAAAGCAAAGAUAAAGAAGCGACGCGAAGCCAGAAAUUCGAGCGAUGGAAAACGGACUCAAAGGAUUCUCCGUUCCCCAAGCAUACAAGACCCACUCCCGAGGAGUGUAAGAUCGCCCACGACUAUCUCGACAAGCAACAUGGCAGCGAUGUAGACGCAGAAUUCAACGAUCCUUACACCCCGGAAACGAUACACAAUGUGCUUGACGCCAUCGUCGUCGCCUUGCUCAGCGCAGCCACAAGCUGGUCAAAUGCGAAGAGAGCAAUGGCGAGCAUGGAGCAGAACUAUGGGUCUGUCUUCGCAUAUGACGAGAUUAUGCGCCGGGGAAGAGAAGAGCUCCAAGAAACUAUUCGCUGCGGAGGUCUUCAUAUCAGGAAAUCCAAACUCAUUUUCGAGAUGCUCAAUCAAGUGGAAGCUCGCAAUGGAAAAGGCAACUGGGAUCUCAAUUACCUCUUCAACGUGAGCGAUGAGGAAGCGAUGCAAGAGCUGCUGAAGUAUAAAGGCAUUGGACCAAAAUGUGCCUUUGUUGUUAUGAACUGGUGUUUGAAGCGGAAUGGCUUUACUGUCGAUACUCAUGUGUACCGUUUGGCCAAGCUGUGGGGAUGGACACCUGAGAGCGCAUCUAGAGAGAAAACGCAAGCUCAUUUGGAGCACAGAAUUCCGUCGGAGUUGAAGUUUAGGCUGCAUUUUCUGAUGAUUCAGCAUGGUCGGAAAUGUGAGUAUUGUCGUGGCGGGAGUAAAUCGCAGGAGCCGUGCGAGGUAGCUCGUAUGCAGAAGGAGAAGGAAUAA